AUGAACAAUGAAUGGGAGGAGACUGACCCGAAUGAUCCAACUUGGGAAGAUGAUGAGGGUUUGUCAGUCUUCAAUCGCUUGCAGAAAAAUCAUGAGUACUACAAGCCAAGACAACACAUCGGGUACACUGAAGAAGCGGAAAGAGACUUCCGCCUCGCUUAUCGGCCAGCUGAGGCUGCGGAACAUUCAAAGUUCAUCCCAAAAAUUGCGCUUGCGCCACUUUCAAGAGAGAAGUUACCUCCGACGGUUGUAAAGUUUAACGGAUUGACUGAUCCUGAUGAUCACGUCAGAACUUUCACAAGCGUAGGUUGCAUGGGAGGAUGGAACAUGCCUAUGUGGUGCCAUCUGUUUAUUCAAACUCUUACCGGGGCUGCUCGCGCUUGGUUCGAUAGCCUUCCUCCGGGAAAUAUUAAGUCAUGGGUAGAUUUCAAGACGCAGUUCUUGAGUUACUUCAGCCAGCAACGACGCUACCAGCGCGACACAGCUGAGGUAGAAGACAUCUGGCGAAGAGAUGGUGAGGGUUCGGAAGAUUUCAUCACUCGCUUUAACAAAGAGUGUCUGGAAAUCGGUGGCGUAAGUGAGCAACUCAUGCGCUGCCAUUUCAAGAAAGCCAUUCAAUGUGAUAGUCUCAUCAGAACUAUCACUGGCAAAGACGGAAUGCCCAAAGAAUGGGAUAAACUCAUGGAAGCCGCAAAAAUAGUCGCGCAAACUGAAGAAUCACCCGCUGGAAACAAGAAUUAUUAUUCUGAAGACCGAUUUUCCAAAGGGAAUUCGCGCGAUCACAACAAGCGCAACAAGUACAAAGGUAAUGAUUGGAAAUCUGGAAGAUCAAGGGGCCAUGACGAAAGGCCGCGCUAUAGAGAAGACGCGUGCGACACAAUCGAUAGAAUCGGUUACCGAAAAGCAGUCAAGGAUGAUAAGAGAGAGAAGCAGUGGACUCCGCUCAUAAAAACACCAAAAGAGGUGUUGAUGAUGGAGAAUCAUGAUUUCAAGGCACCAAGGCCUAUGACAAACAAGAAGGGGCAAGACCCCAACCUGUACUGUGACUUCCACAAAGAUACAGGGCACCUGACAGAUGACUGCUAUAGUCUAGGUCAAGAAAUUGAGAAAGCACUAAAGAGCGGGAAGCUAAGUCACCUGGUGAAAAACGUGGGAAAAGAAACUCGACAGCUUCAACGCCAUGAUGAGGGAAGUCACAAGAAAGUCCGGCGCCUCGAAACCCAUGUGGUCAACGGACCAAGAUACAGUGCAAAAGAGAAAGGCAAGCGCCCUUACAAACCUUCAUGGCAAGAGCAACAGGUCAUUUUCCCGGUAGUGCGCGGCGGUCCUCGCGCCACUCGACCCGUCGUCAUUACCGGUAUUAUCGGCCAUUAUCAAACGGAAUAUGUCUUCAUUGACCCAGGAAGCACAGCUGAUAUCAUCUAUGAACAUUGUUUUAACCAGUUUGAUAAAGAUGAAAAAGCAAGACUCGAGCCAGUUGAUUAUCCGUUGUCUGGAUUUUGCAAUGAAAUGGUUUUCCCACUAGGCCAAAUCAGCUUUCCCGUCACACUCUCUGACGGAAAGCAUUCAAGAACAACAAAUGUAACUUCAUGGUGA